AUGAAUCUAUUUAAGCCAAUCUGUACAGAUCUCCCACCACCCAAAAUGGGUGUGCCAAAGGUCAAUGAAACACCUUCAAAGAAUGAAAGACAGAGGAUGAUUCGUAAAGUUUGCCCUCCAGUAGGGCACUGGCCUGGAGGACUGAGGAGCCAAGCAGAGCAGAAGUUACUGGAGAAGUUUUUACUUAUGCACGGACUGUUGAUACAGCAAACUGUCAAAGCUGCAACAGGGAUGACAUACAGAAACCUUGGGAAAUCUGGAUUAAGAGUCUCAUGUUUGGGGCUGGGGACGUGGGUCACGUUUGGAGGUCAAAUUUCAGAUGAGGUUGCUGAACAGCUCAUGACUAUUGCAUAUGAGAGUGGAGUAAAUCUAUUUGACACGGCAGAGGUGUACGCAGCUGGCAAGGCCGAGGUGAUUUUGGGAAACAUAAUAAAAAAGAAAGGUUGGAGGAGGUCAAGUCUGGUCAUUACAACAAAACUCUACUGGGGCGGAAAAGCUGAAACAGAAAGAGGGCUUUCAAGAAAGCACAUUAUUGAAGGAUUAAAAGGCUGUCUCCAGAGGCUGCAGCUUGAGUAUGUGGAUGUUGUCUUUGCAAAUCGACCAGACAAUAAUACCCCGAUGGAAGAAAUUGUCCGAGCAAUGACGCAUGUGAUAAACCAAGGCAUGGCAAUGUACUGGGGAACCUCUCGCUGGAGCGCCAUGGAGAUCAUGGAAGCCUAUUCGGUAGCAAGGCAGUUUAAUAUGAUCCCACCAGUGUGUGAACAAGCGGAAUACCACCUUUUCCAAAGAGAGAAAGUAGAGGUUCAGUUGCCGGAACUGUAUCACAAGAUAGGAGUUGGAGCAAUGACGUGGUCUCCUCUCGCCUGUGGCAUUAUCUCAGGGAAAUACGCCAAUGGAAUUCCUGAAAGCUCAAGGGCAUCCCUGAAGUGCUACCAGUGGUUAAAGGAAAAAAUUGUGAGCGAGGAAGGGAGGAAACAGCAAACGAAGCUGAAAGAUCUCUUCCCAAUUGCCGAACGCCUUGGGUGCACCCUACCUCAGCUAGCUGUCGCAUGGUGUCUACGUAAUGAAGGUGUGAGUUCUGUCCUCCUAGGAUCUUCCAAUCCAGAGCAGCUAAUAGAGAAUCUUGGUGCCAUACAGGUUCUUCCAAAGAUGACAUCCCACAUUGUGAACGAGAUUGAUAAUAUCUUGGGAAACAAGCCUUACAGCAAGAAGGACUACAGAUCCUAAAGUGUUGCAUGAUUAACUGGACUGCAUGGCUAAACCAGUACUCUGUACGUAGUACAGUACCAAGUCAAUAUUAUCCGGUUAGAAUUAUUCAGCAAUCUGUAUUG